GUCUCGAACGCGACCACAACAAAACACAACACAUUCCCUUGGCUCAAGUUGUUCUCUAUUCCCGCUUCUGGUCUCUUCUACGCGAACGCGAUCGAUCCAUCAACCGACCGACCUACCGUGCUUACCACUAGCGUCUUCUUCUGUCUUCACCCCGGCCUUUUGGCCCCUCCCUCGAACCGAGACGAGCUGUCGCCGACGUACUCCUCUAUGACAUUACCAGUGGCCAUUCUCUUCUGAACACGCUCCCCAUCAUGAAGCCCAAGGGAGGAGCUCGAAACUCGUCGGCGCCCAUCGUAGGUCAGCAACCACCGGCAUCUCCCACUGGCAAGGGCGCCAAGUACAGGAAUCGAGACGGCUCAAAAUUUAUCACUCUGCCCGAGACCACUUCUGCUCCCAGCUCCGCGCAGCCCUCGCCAACUGCAGGCACCGUUGCGCCCGCCAACACACCGAUCAGCAAUACUCCUCUUCCGCCUGCCAGCAACGGACCCGCCGCCGCGGUGAAUCGCAAGAAGCAGAAGCGCCGGGAGAAAGAACGCGCCAAGGCUGCCGCUGCCGCGGCUGUCAACGGCGCGUCAAACCCCCCAUCACCUGCAGGCCACAGACCAUCUGGAGAUCCCGACCCAGUGGACUACAGUGACGAGGGCAAUCACCUGGACAGUCAGUUUCGCCAGACGCACGGCGCGAGUAAUGGUCAUGUAGCCGAGUCCACUGGCAAACCCAAGAAGUCC